AUGUCCAAGGAACUUGUGAAGAAGGGGUCGGAGGACGAGUACACCAUCAAGCCCCAGGCCGUGACACCUGCCAUUGACACGAGCGCGUGGCCGCUGCUCCUCAAGAACUACGAAAAGCUCCUGGUUCGAACCGGACACUUUACUCCCAUCCCCAACGGAUGCUCGCCUCUGAAGCGCGACCUCAAGUCGUACAUCAGCUCCGGCGUCAUCAACCUCGACAAGCCCUCCAACCCGUCCUCCCACGAGGUCGUCGCCUGGGUCAAGCGCAUUCUUCGAUGCGAGAAGACCGGCCACAGCGGAACCCUCGACCCCAAGGUUACAGGAUGUCUGAUUGUCUGCGUUGACCGCGCCACUCGUCUGGUCAAGUCUCAACAAGGUGCCGGAAAGGAGUACGUCGCCGUCAUCCGCCUGCACGACAAGCUGCCCGGCGGCCAGGCCCAGUUUGCCCGUGCCCUCGAGACCCUCACCGGUGCGCUCUUCCAGCGUCCCCCGUUGAUCUCGGCCGUCAAGCGCCAGCUCCGUAUCCGAUCCAUCUACGAGAGCAAGCUCAUCGAGUUUGACAAUGACCGUCACCUCGGUGUCUUCUGGGUCAGCUGCGAGGCUGGUACCUACAUCCGAACCCUCUGCGUCCACCUUGGUCUCCUCCUCGGUGUCGGCGGCCACAUGCAGGAGCUUCGCCGAGUGCGCAGUGGUGCUAUGGACGAGAACAAGGGCCUCGUCACCCUUCACGACGUCCUCGACGCCCAGUGGCAGAUGGACAACACCCGCGACGAGUCCUACCUCCGCCGUGUCAUCUCUCCCCUCGAAACUCUCCUGACCUCGUACAAGCGAAUCGUUGUGAAAGACAGCGCCGUCAACGCCGUCUGCUACGGUGCCAAGCUCAUGCUUCCCGGUCUCCUCCGAUACGAGGCUGCCAUUGAGCACCACGAGGAGGUUGUCCUGAUGACCACCAAGGGUGAGGCCAUUGCUCUGGGUAUUGCCCAGAUGUCCACCGUCGAGAUGUCGACCUGCGACCACGGCGUUGUCGCCAAGGUCAAGCGCUGCAUCAUGGAGCGCGACCUGUACCCUCGCCGCUGGGGUCUCGGCCCUGUCGCCCAGGAGAAGAAGAAGCUCAAGGCCGACGGCAAGCUGGACAAGUACGGCCGCGCCAACGAUGCCACUCCCGCCAAGUGGAGCACCGAGUACAAGGACUUCAGCGCGCCCGACGCCUCUGCUGCGGCCGCUGCUGCUGCUCCCGCCACCCCCGCGAAGGCUUCCGAGGACACCAAGAUGGAGGGAGCUGAUGCUUCUUCGCCCCCUCCUACAGAGGACAAGAAGCGCAAGAAGCAUGAGGGUGAGACUGCCGAGGAAAAGGCUGAGCGGAAGCGUCGGAAGGCGGAGAAGAAGGCAGCCAAGGCCGCCAAGAAGGGCAAGAAGGGGGAGGACAGCGAUGAGAGCGAUUGA